AUGUCUAAUCCUCAAAUAUAUCCCAACAAUCCCAUGAGUCAAUCAGCCCCUUCAUUUCAAUUUUCAUCCCAAGUGCAUCCAUCUCAGGGAUUUCAGCCAUACGGAUAUCCUCAACAAUGGUAUCCCCCUCCAGGAUUUUCCCCACAAGGAUAUCCUUCACAGGGGUUUAUGUUUUCUGACUCUUCUAGGAGGACCAGUGUAGAUGGGAGUGGUACUGAUGGAGGCACACCAUCUUCAGGAAGACAGUUCAAGCAUCAUUCAGUUGUUGGAAACGAGCAAAAGAUGGAUAAAAUGUGGAAACGCAUUGCGAAAGCCUACAAUGAAAAUCGCCCUGCCAACACUCCAAACAGAAAGUUUAAACAGCUGAAGGCUCAUUUCUACAAGAUGCAGAAACAGGUGAAAUGGUUUUCUGAAUGUUACAAUAGGAUUGCAAGCAUCUGGAAGAGCGGUGCAAAUGAUGCUGAUAUUAUGGAGAUGGCACAAACAGAAUACAAGCAGCAUCACGGUACAAAAGGUUUUAAAUAUGUUGGAGUUUGGAAACUGUUGAAAGAAGUUCCCAAGUUUGCCGAGGUGCAAGGAAAUGUUCAAGCAUCCAAGAGAACCAAAAAUACAGAAGGAGGCGCCUACACAUCAUCUUCUACAGCUGAAGAAACUCCCACGAGUCACCCAAUGGGGCAUAAAGCGGCAAAGAGAAAGGAGAAGGAAAAGGGGAAAAAAGAUGACCUCGAUGCACUGCGUGAAGUUGCAAAAGAGCAUGAAACCAUGCAGCAAAAUACAUACGUAUAA